CGUUCUGUUGAACGAACUUUGACGAGAUUGGACCCACUUGCAUUAUCAGCACAAAAAAUGUUGAGUCCACUAAGUCUCUUGAAACGAAGCUGGGAUGGUAUUGGCAUUAUCCAAAAUGGCAAGUUUGGGGAUCUAGAGGAUCCAUUGGAUGCAUACGAUACGUCGGCCGGUACAAUUGGAUUGCGUGCAAUUAGCGAAAAGUUGGGCAUGUAUACAAAUAUUGACGAAUAUUUGACGGACAUCGAUAACCUAGUUGACAGCUAUUUGGCGAAGAACCCAGGCAAUUAUCAUAUCAAGCAUAUCACCGACCAAUUUUUAGAAUUGUGCAAACGUGAGGUCAAAAACAUUAGUAUGUGCCCAGAUUGUUAUGACAUAUGGUUGACAAGUAGCAGUUCCGACUAUUUCACAAAGGUUUGCAGUAAACCUCAUUUGUUGGUGUUCGUCAAUUUGGAUGACAGUCCCCUCUGGCCAGCAAAAGUCAUGGAACUAAACGGGACUGUAGUGACCGUUGUUUUCUUUGGCGACCACACUCAGGCGGAUAUCUUGGCUGAUAAGUGUAUUUUGUAUCCAGAACGAUUUCCUGGUCGCCAAGUCAAAAAUGAAGACAUUUUAUCGGCAAGAGAGGAGCUGUCGAAAUAUAUUGAAAAUGUCAAAGAAAGAUUCGACUUCGUACCAACAAUCUAUAAAACCAUGCUGAUUCCGGAAAUAUAUGAAAUUCAGCGAUCAUGCAUGUUUCCCACAUGCACUUUUGAUAACAACCGAAUGUCAAGUUGGCCCGAAGCAUCCACAUCACAAGCGACCGUUCGAUCUCAAAUUGGCGUUGAAGCCGAAUCGGACAUCCAGCCAUCCUUGGAGCGCGAGAUUCAACGAGCACGCAAAACAUUUUCAAACAAACCAGCGCGCAAAAGUAUGUCAACUCAACUUGGGCGCAAAAGUUUUCCAACUUCAGCAGCAAGUGAAGUGAAGCCAACACUAAUCGAUUUGCAAAUGAUGCUUUUAAAAGCUGACCAGUUGGAGAGAGAGCGAAAUGCAGCACAAGAGCUUGCCGAGCAAUACAAAAAAGAUAUCAUCGAGUUGAAGCAACAAUUGAUGUCAGAUCGCGGACCAAAGUGCGCAACAUGUGAAGAAGCUAUUGAUGGACCGGUUUUCUGUAGCCAAAACUGCCAAUUUGAUUACAACUAAAAAAUAUUUACCACUUUCUUAUGACCUCUGAAGAAAUGUGAACUUUUCAAUAAAUUCCAUAAUUCAUUGAA